CUUCCAUUCUACUCAUUUCUUUCGCUUGUCUUUGCGUCAUGCUCACAUUUCCACUUUGACUUCAAACUUGUCUCCUACUCACUUCCCUCAUUCGUCAUUCACUCAUUCCCCCAUGCCCAGUUUCCGUAUUUGACGCUUCCCUCUAUACAAUUCAUCUCCCCAACUGUCCAUUCCCAAAUUCCCAGAAGAAAAAAUGGACAAAAAUCAAGAACUCAAACUCACCCAGAUGAAGAAUUUCGUCCAAAAGCUUGGCUCUACAACAGAGAAAUACGGCGACCCAACUCUCGAGCGAUUCUUGAUAGCAAGAUCGAUGGAUCCCAAUAAAGCAGCAAAGAUGUUUGUUUCAUGGCAGAAAUGGAGGGCUUCGUUUGUCCCAUCAGGGUUCAUCCCUGAUUCAGAAGUAAUUGAUCAAUUAGAAGCUAAAAAGAUUUAUUUACAGGGUUUAUCGAAGGAUGAGUUCCCUGUUAUGAUUAUCAAAGCUAACAAACAUUAUCCUGCUAAAGAUCAACCACAGUUUAAGAAAUUUGUAGUUCAUCUGCUUGACAAAGUGAUUGCAAGUGGAUUUAAAGGAAAAGAAAUAGGAAACGAGAAGCUGAUUGGUGUUCUUGAUUUACAUCAAAUUUGUUACAAAAACGUUGAUGCUCGUGGAUUAAUCACCGGAUUUCAGUUUUUACAGGCAUACUACCCCGAGAGGUUAGCGAAAUUGUACAUAUUAAAUAUGCCCUGGUUUUUUGUGAGUAUUUGGAAGAUGGUUUCUCGAUUCUUGGAGAAAGCAACUUUAGAGAAGGUUGUAAUAGUAAGCAAUGAGGAAGAGAAAAAUCAAUUUAUAAGAGAAGUUGGAGAAGAGGUGUUGCCAGAAGAAUUUGGUGGGAAAGCGAAGCUAAUUGCAAUUCAAGAUGUUGUACUUCCUUCGUUGGAAGAUUAACUGUAACUAUAAUUGUAACUGUAACUGAAUUAUUGUACUACUAGUGAGUUGACAUCUAUUGAUAUAAUCUUACAUCAUGUAACAACUUCUCAUAAAUUUUAUGAAAUCAAUAAGUUCUAGCA